AUGCCAUUUCCAUUCGUACUUCCUACAACUUCCUCCUUCUCCUUUUCAAAAUAUUUCAGUAGCGACUCCCAUCCAUCGUUACCACUUUCCGCAAGUACAUACCGUGGUGUGCUUCGAGAUAAUCUCAAAAGACAUAAACGACUUCCACCAAGCGAGCAAUCAGCGAAUCUGGGAAAUAUCAUACUCAGUUUGAAUAACUACAUCCCUUACCUCUUAGCACUCGACGCUGGAUUAGGAAAUCAACCUGUUGCUGGAGAGGAAUUGGACGUGGUUCUCAAAUCAACUCCGACUUUAGAAUGGCGGCCGACUAUUUCAGACAAAGCCAUACCUGGCCGCGAAGGCAUGAGACUCAAGAUCAAGUCUUUGGAGUAUGAGAUAUACUUUGCUCUUUCAACGUUUGCUUAUGCCCAAACUCUCCUCGCUCGCGCCUCGUUACACCCCCUAUACUCCUCAGCAUCUGCAUCGCCUAGUACCGAACAGAGAACUCUAGCUAUCACAACUGCAACAAAACAUCUCAUGUCUGCAGCUUCAGUUCAUGACUACCUCUCCACCCGCUCAGAUCAGGUAUCCUCAGAUCCACCUUGUGUAGACAUCACCAAAUCCGCCUUUCGGGCCCUCUCAUCUCUAGCAAUGGCGGAAGCAACCCUCCUAGCAGUCCUCAAAGACGACCCAUACCCAGCAGUCGUCGCCCAAGACAGAAACUCAAAUGACAAAGAAUGGAUGAUCCGAGCCCCUGAUAUCCCACAAGUCCGCGCCCAUCUCUUCGCGCGCCUCUGUCUCGCCGCUGCUGAACACGCUUCAAACGCCUACUCCCUCCUAAACGGCACCGGCAAAGUCGACACCGAACUCCUAAAAUACAUCUCCGACCUCCGAAAGACUGGACGAGGAAAAGCAUGUCGCUUCUUCGGCAUCGACGCCGAACUAGGCGGGCAAACGGGGAAUGGUAUCGCGUGGCUGCAAGCUGGGCUGCAUGAGCUCGGCUAUUCCUCGACGUCAAGUGAGGGAAGUAAAAAACGGUUUGGGUUUGGGAAAUUCAAGAAAGGGUGGGAAGAGAAGAGGGAAGAUAAGAAAAUCGAACGAGGAACGGCGUGGGGUGCUGAUGCGGGGAGACUGGAGGAAAGUAGGGUAAUCGAUAUGUUGUCGAGGAAAUGGAAUAAAAUGAACGACACCAUAAACACACAAGCCAUCCCUCCCUUCCAUCAACUCAUGGCAGCCAUGCCCUCCGGCCGUGAAAUCUACACGCUUAAAAUGUAUGUCCCGCCGACCCUGGAACCGGCGCUGCUAGAGGGCAUGCGCGCCCCGCCUGAUCGGGUGGAUGAUUAUGGAGGCGAGAGUUCGGAGGAGGGGGAGGGUGAGAGGGAGGUUGUUGGGGCGUUUCCGGUGGAGGGGGAGGAUGGGGGGAGAAGUUAUUACUAA